CAAGGAAUCUCUACAUUGCAAUCAGUACCAAAAGAAGUCAUAGACCAUUGAAAUAGUUUUUUUGCAUUUCAGAAGUGAAUGAAUUUUACCCGUGUAUGGAGACCAAGGAAACUAGACCCAUGAUAGAGACGGAGAUGAAUAACUCAUAGAACAUCCCUCAGUAAAAAGAAGAAAAGAAGAAAAAAAAAAAGACUUAAAAGCAAUAGAAAGAAUGACAGGCAACCACACAAGAAGAAAACGUCACCUCUGAAUGUAAACAAACAGCGGAAGGAAGCCGAGCGGAGGAGAGAAGGAAUCAUAUGUGGCCUUAUUAUUGCACCACUUUCUCACCGCUGAGUGGCUAAAUUUUCGCCAAUAUGAUCGAAUCGUGCUCCAAGAAGCGAAUGAUCAUUGCCAUUGCGUGUCUCAUCGGUCUGUCUGUGCUGGUCCUCAUUGUGGAGAAUGAGCUGACACCGUCUGACACGCGGCCCCACACACACACCACAGAGCACCCAAACACCACACUCAGGGAACUCUGCUGGAUGAGAGAGGAGGUGCAGGAGUUGGAGGAGUGUCAGCCAUGUACUGCUUUUGAGACGACAAGUGGUAAUCCGUCAGUGUGCAGCUCAGCAAAGUACCGCCAGAAAAUAAACUGCAGCAAAACAGGAGAAGUCUUCCGCAAGUGUGACCGUGUUGUGUGGCUGGAGGAGCGGCACUUUUGGAUCUUUGAGGCGAUGAUGGCACUUUUGGGAAUGGCCGCUGGCUUGGCCACCAUGGCCAGGCAGAAGAUUCUUGACCACAGAGUUGUCCAGCGGAUACAGCGACAAGUUGCAGCAGGAGUUUGAUUGUAGGCUUUGAUGAUAGAAGCAAGUAUAUAAUAUAUAUAUUGUGGUAUUUUGUAUAUUCAGAGUUGUGAGAUUUAGGCAUUGUGUAAAUUGAAGCAUGUAUGAAGAAGAAUGCUAAAAUUCCAUCUAUAUUACAUAGUUUCACCUUCAUUCAUCAUCAUUACUCUGAGACAUGUAUCCUAAUGUUGCUACUAUGAUGAACUCUUCCUCUUCCUCAUCACUGCCGCCACAUACUCACAAUCAUCUAGUCACACAUGAAAGCUUUCUAUCUACUCCUAGUUACUGGACAGCAAUGGGUGGAUGCAUUUUCAAGUGGGGUAUACAUUUAUGUUAUGGGUAUAGUACAAUCAUAAGUCAUGCCUCAUCAAGUGAUAUUCCUGUGUUAUGUGUGUUUGUUGAGACUCCUGGAGUAUUGAUGCUUAUUUUACUGAUGGAAUGAAACAUGCUUUAUAUAUAAUAAA